GCCUAAUUUAAUUUCCAAAGUCUUUAAUUUGUUUCAUCAGUACGGAGUAGCAGAAAACAAGGAAUUGAAGAAAGAGAACUAACGUUCGUUGUUGCAGAUCAAAAAUGGCCGCAGGUUUUCGAGUUUUAUCGUUGUCUCUGUUCUUCAUCUGUGCAGCAGAGAUGAUGAUGAUGUCAGUGGAUGCCAAAAUCUCGAAUAGCAUGUUCGUCUACUGGGGCGCCGCCAAUCAUUCCUCCAUGCUCGCCGAUGAUCUUCAGCUCGUUCUCGACCAAACCUCCGGUUCUGGUGUUCAAUCCAAGAGGGAAUUCUUGUUUGGGAGCUUUGAGAUGCAGAUCAAGUUGGUUCCGGGGAACUCUGCUGGAACAGUCACCGCAUACUAUCUAUCGUCGACCGGCAACAAGCACGACGAGAUUGACUUUGAGUUCCUCGGCAAUGUCUCCGGGCAACCUUACAUUAUCCAUACGAAUAUUUUCACUCAUGGCACCGCCGGCCGGGAAGUGCAGUUCCACCCCUGGUUUGAUCCCACCGCCGACUAUCACAACUACACCAUUCAUUGGAACCCCAACGCCAUCGUAUGGUACAUUGACGGCGUGCCAAUCAGGGUGUACAGGAACUACACCAGCCUAGGAAUCCCCUACCCGAACCAACAACCCAUGAGGGUCUACUCAAGCCUCUGGGACGCCGACGACUGGGCGACGAGGGGCGGGCUGGACAAGAUUGACUGGACCAAAGCUCCGUUCAUCGCCAAGUACCGGAACUUCCGGCCAAGGGGGUGUUACUGGAACGGGACGGCCAGCAUCGCCCAGUGCGCCACCCCUUCAAGGCAAAACUGGUGGAGCACCGCCGCAUUCAGCCGCCUCAGCUACGCAAAGGCCGGCCAGAUGAACUGGGUCAGGCAAAACUUCAUGGUCUAUGACUACUGCAAAGAUACAAAGAGAUUCAAAGGGUUGAUGCCUGGAGAAUGCUAUAUGCCACAGUCCUAGCUAAGAAGAUCAUCCAUUAUACACAACUCACAACAAUAAUCCUCUAAGAUAUCAGUUCUUAAUCCAUUCCCCAUUGUUUUUUUACUGUUUGACUUCAAUUUUUUAUACUCCAUUCUUUGAUUUUUAACUGGAUAUUCAAUACAACUUGGAAUGUAACUUCUCAGACCUU